UUAAAGGCAGCAGAGCAGAAUGGUUUAAGUGUUACUGAUGAAGACAUUUUGGCUGCACCAAAAUCAAGCAAGAAAUCUGCAAAAAAGCGAGGAAGAUCAAAGAAAAUGAGAAAGUGGAAAGUAGGCGACAGAUGUCGAGCCCGAUUCACAGAAGAUCAAUGUCUGUACGAAGCUGAAAUUCUUUCCGUGGAUGAGUCCGCGGGCACCUGUUAUGUUAGGUAUGCCGAUUAUGGCAAUGAAGAAGAGCAGAUGAUAAAAGAUCUUGUACGGGUACAAACAAAUAAACAUAAACCAACGCAGGAAUCAGAAAAUGAGACUGAUAGUGGAAUGGACUGGCGAAGUGUGCGCAGUUCUCAGCCAGCAUCACGUCCAACCAGUCACCCUGCCAUGCCACAUCCUGUGUGGCCUGGACCUUCUGAACACCCAAAACAUCCUGCAUUUCCAGGUCCAAUGUUUCCUGGUAUGAUGGGUAUGCCACCACCGCCACCUGCGACACAUUUUAGUGCAGCACCAAGGUUGCCAUUUAUGCCCCCACCUCCCCUCCUCCACAGUUACCAGACAUGUCGGAGGAGAGUAAUGAGGCGUUAUGUAGUAUGUUAAUGGCAUGGUAUAUGAGUGGAUAUCACACUGGUUACUAUCAGGGGUUACAACAAGGGAAAAAAGAUGCAGCAAGCCCUUUUGUGAAUAGAUGACCUUAAUUUCUGUUAAACAAUAUCUGUGUCAAGAUUAUAUAAGACUGUACUAUGAGUUUACAUGUCUUUAUUAGUCCCCUACCGGUUUAACCGGAGGGGACUUUAGGUUUACCCUCCGUCCGUCUGUCUGUCUGUCCGUCCGUCUGUCCGUCUGUCUGUCAGUCCGUCAGUCCGUCCGUCCACAAAACUGGAUCCCGCGAUAACGCAAAAAGUACUGAAAAUAUUUUUAUGAAACUUGAUAUAUGGAUAGAUGGCAGUAUGGAGAUUAUGCACGUCUUUUUUUUUUCUUCCUAUGUUGAAAAUUCUGGUUGCUAUGGCAACAAAUAGUCUGAAAAUAUGGCAAAUUUAACACAUAAACUGGAUCCAGUGAUAACUCAAAAGUACUGAAAAUAUUUUUAUGAAACUUGAAAUAUGGGUAGAUGGCAGUCUGGAGAUUAUGCACAUCUUUUUCUUUUUUCCUAUGUUGAAAAUUCUGGUUGCUAUGGCAACAAAUAGCCUGAAUUUCAAGAUUUCUGAUUUAAAUUUUUCAGCUUUUUCACUAUAUGUUCUUUAUUUCUUAAGGUGUUUACUUCAAACUUUAAAUAUAAGUUUCUGGUCAUCAACCACAUCAUAUGUGACAAGGUUUAUAACUCUAGCACAAAAAAUAUCAGUAUUACCUCCCUUGAACUUAGAUUUUUUUAGGGGAAAAAAAUGUUGUC